UGUUUUUGUUUUUUCAGUUUUUGGAACUACAGUUUCUGAACACUAUUUUCAAAAAGUAUAGAGAAUGGUGCAGCGAUGACGUCAAAACCUGGAAGACUAAUUCGCUACUGGUUCCAUGGGAAAUAAGCUCCAUGAAGUCUUUCCAGAUUUUGAUGUCCUGUCUGAGAUAGAACUUUCAUGUGACGUUGUGUGUCUGAUCUAUGAUGUCAGCAACCCCUGCUCUUUUGAGUACUGCUCACGAAUCUUCAAGCAACACUUCAUGGACAGUAAGACUCCAUGUAUGCUGAUUGCCGCAAAGUCAGACCUGCCAGAAACAAAGCAGCAAUACUGCAUGACUCCACUGGAAUUCUGCCGCAAGCACAAGAUGCCUCCGCCUCAGUCCUAUACCUGUAACACAGCUGCGGCUCCCAGCAAAGACAUCUUCAUCAAACUCAUCACCAUGGCCGUGUACCCCCAUGCGCGCCUACGCUGCAUGUGUACCUGUAACAGGUGCACUUUCUGUCUGUGUCAGAACUUCCUGAACUCUGAGCUUAUGCAGACGGUUCGGACCAAACUCUACACUGUCGUCUUUAUCAGGGAUAUCACCCAUGCUGACCUGAAGAGCUCUGCAUUUUGGCUCCGAGUGAGUGUUGGAGCCACUGUUUGUGCUGUUCUAGGCUUUGCCAUGUACAGAGCCCUCCUCAGAUCGCGAUGAGCAGACCCUAAACGUACAUCCCCCAUGUCCUGUCUGCCCUAGCUACAGUAUCUCCCAUUUGCAGAAGAAUCAAUAGAAACAGUAUUUAGUUUUUAAGAAAGAAUGCAUUACAAAACAUAGCUGUUAUAUUUCUAUUUAUUGUCAAAUGUACAUUCCCACGUCUUGAGACUCUAUUUGAGACAGAAAACUAUUAAGUUUUUUCUUUAAACAUGAUACAAGUAAAUUGUAAAUAUGUACAUGAGAGAUAAUGUUUGUUGCCAUGUGAAUAAAACGUAUAGCAUUCAUAUUUAAAGCAAACAAAUGUCACACUUUGCACUCACUUUUAUCUCAAACUGUCAGAUAACCUGUUUGCGAUCUGUGGUUCACUGUUUUUGAACGAAAACAGAAAAGACAGGAAGCCUGCGUGUGAAACCGUGGAGGCACUUCAUCUAAACUUUAUUUGCAUGCUUUAAUGUUUCACAUAAUGUCUGAAAAAUUGAGUCUUAUCAACAGCAUUUUUUCCCUUGUCGUUUUCCAUAAUUUCCCAACCUUUUAAUAAACAGGUCCUGCAACAGUUUUUUUUUUUACAUGCAGACAGUGGAAAACUACCAUUCUGUUCCACAGAAGGGAUAAAAACAAAAACGGCAAUUAAAGAUAUUGACAGUGUGUACUAAAGAAAUACAAAAUACUUUUACUCAUAUAAUACACAU